AUGUUUCCACCCCCCGGGGCAAUUGAGUCAGAACAAUCAGGCUCAUCGACUCUUUCCACCCGUCCAGGAAUUCCAGAAGCCGCACGGACCUUUCCCAAGUCCAGUGCUGACCGCCCAGGCUACACGCAUGCACAGCACGCCCAGGCACACCGCCCCCCGAGCCAUAGCGAAACACCAGUAAACAGUGGCAUCAGUAGCACCAGUAGCCCUGGUGAUAGCAAUAGCCUCAGUAGCACCAGUGCCACCAGUAACCCCAGUGCCACCAGCAGCCGCAGCGCUGUCCCGCCCCCGUUGCCAGGCACAGCUCCGAACGAGCCUUUGUUGCAGGAAGCAGUGGGGCCCGGAGCUGAGAGCAGGGCGGCGAUCGGAACUAUCGCGACAGUGCCGAGAGCUGGCGCCGGGAUCUCGGCCGUGCAGCUUCCGGGCUCCGUGCUUGGGCGGUCCAAGGCUCCUGCCCGCCCUGUCCGGCCGCGGGCAGUUGGGACCUGGGGCUGGCAGCGGGCUGAGCUCUCCAGCAUGGAGCCUCGGAAGGAACCGGGCGAGAGCCCCCCCGAGACCGAAAUGCAGCAGGAGGACGAGAAGGAGAAAUGCUCCGAGUGCGGGCAGAGCCUCCCGGCCGGCUGGCAGCCAGGGACGCAGCGGUGCCCCCAGCCUGGUACCCAGCAGCGCUUCUUCUGCACCCACUGCGGCCAGAAGCUCUCCAGCUUCCCCCGGCGGCAGCGGGGAGGCACCCAGCCGGGCACCAAGCUGCGGUUGGGCUGCGCUGAGUGCGGCAAGAGCUUUGGGAGCAGCUCUGCUCUCAACUGUCACCGUCGCCUCCACACUGGGGAGAAGCCCUACAGCUGUGGUGAGUGUGGCAAGUGCUUUGCCAGCAGGUCUGCUCUCAGCUGUCACCAAGCCAUCCACACCAGGGAGAAGCUGCACAGCUGCAGUGAUUGCGGCAAGAGCUUCACCAGCAGUACGACUCUGAUGUGUCACCGUCGCCUCCGCACUGGGGAGAAGCUGCACAGCUGUGGUGAGUGUGGCAAGAGCUUCACCAACAGUUACCACCUUAACAGGCACCGUCGCCUCCACACUGGGGAGAAGCCCUACAGCUGUGGUGAGUGUGGCAGGAACUUUGCCCGCAGCUCCACUCUCAGGGAGCACUGCCAAAUGCAUGGCGGUAAAAAGCAGUUCCCCUGUGAGGCGUGUGACAAGAGCUUCACCAAGAGCACUGCUCUAAUCCAGCACUGGCACCUCCACACCAGGGAGAAGCCGUAUGGCUGUGCUGAGUAUGGCAAGAGCUUUGCCCGCAGGUCUACUCUCUGGCAUCACCAUCACAUCCACAGUGAGGAGAAGCCCUACAGCUGCGGUGACUGCGGCAAGAGCUUUGCCUACAGCUGUGCUCUCAGGGGUCACCGUCACCUCCACACUGGGGAGAAGCCCUACAGCUGCAGUGGCUGUGGCAAGAGCUUUGCCUACAGCUCUGCUCUCCGCAGUCACCAUCGCCUCCACACCAGGGUGAAGCUGUUCAGUUGUGGUGAUUGUGGCAAGAGCUUUGCCUACAGCUCUGGUCUCCACAGGCACAAAUGCCUCCACACCAGUGAGAAGCUGUAG